GGGCCGCUCGUGUCGUUCUCAGCCACUAGACUUCAUACGUGUCGGACGCGUACAGUUAUUGUUAAGUAAAUUGGUAAAUUAUAAAUGGCUGACCAGGAGAUGGAAGGACAGGAUUUCUCGGAAGAUUAUUCCGGGGGAGACUUUCAAGGCAACGGCAUGGAGAACGGUGAGGGUAUGGCUACCCAAGAGGGUGAAGGAGGCAAGAACGACAGCGGCGCAGCAGACGCACCCGGCAGGGACGAUGACAGGAAAUUGUUUGUUGGAGGCCUGAGUUGGGAAACUACCGAAAAGGAGCUGAGGGAACACUUCAGUAAACAUGGUGAAAUCGAAAGUAUAAACGUCAAGACAGACCCAAACACUGGCAGAUCAAGAGGAUUCGCCUUUAUUGUCUUCAGUAUCCCAGAUGCUAUCGAUAAGGUUAUAAAUGCUGGUGAUCAUGUGAUCAAUGGGAAGAAGGUGGAUCCCAAGAAAGCAAAAGCCCGCCAUGGGAAGAUCUUUGUCGGUGGAUUAAAGGCAGAUGUCUCUGAUGAUGACAUCAAGUCAUUUUUCGGCCAGUUUGGUAACAUAAUUGAUGUUGAAUUGCCAUUUGACAAACAAAAGAACCAGCGUAAAGGUUUCUGUUUCAUCACCUUUGAACAAGAACAAGUUGUCACUGAAUUGUUAAAAACCCCCAAACAAAUAAUUAAUGGACAUGAAGUAGAUGUCAAGAAAGCCACUCCAAAGCCCGAUGCCAUGGGCAUGAUGCGCGGGGGCAUCCGUGGUGGCAUUAGAGGUGCACGUGGUGGUGCCAUUCGUGGCAGGGGCAGAGGAUGGGGCACCAACUGGAACCAGGGUGGCUAUGGAAGCUAUGGACAAGGGAGCUAUGGAGGAUAUGCUGGUUAUGGUGGCUAUGACUACGGCUAUGGUGGAUAUGGGGGAUAUGGUGGUUAUGGUAGCUAUGGUAAUGAUUACUAUGGCUAUGGCAGCGGGGGAUAUGGUGGUUAUGGCCCUUACCAGGCGGCCAAGGGUACGAUGGGAAGAGCCAACGUGGGCGGCAGCAGGCGCGGCACCAACCAUAUUGAGGGGGGUCGACGUGGUGAAUAUGACAACACAUGGAAUGGCACUGAAUACUAAGUGAAGUGCUGUCCCAUGUUGCUACAAAGGCCUGCUCUGCUGCAACACAGUCACACCUGCGUCCGUGUCAAGUUGCCCCAUCUAUUUAAAAUAUUUAUAAAAAUGGAAAACAACAAAAUGUGAUUGUCACAACAAAAACAUUUAUAGUUCAUGUGAAGCAUUCCUGUGUACAGGGCAUUUCACUGUACUCUGGACAGUUCAUACAAAUAAUUUUUUUACGUAAUUUUAAGAAUAUUAUUUCUCAUGGCUGUACAGUCCGUACAUGUAUGAAUAAACGCGAUUUUUUGUGUA